GAAGAAUAUUCUCAGCAGUUUGCGACUUUGGUUCAGAUGUGGAAUCUAGAUGUGAAGAAAGUCAAGGAACAAGGAGAAAAAUUAGCUAGUAUCUUCCAGCAACAACAAAAGGCUUUCCAACAAUGUCAACUUGUUCAGAGCCAGAAAAUGAAAGCCUUUAGAGAGUUAUGUGAGCAGUUCUUGGAGAGUCUGCAGGACCUAGAGGAGAAUCAGGGAAACGUUCUUGCUGGUAAACAAAGUGAACUUAGAAAACAGAUGGCCAUCUUGCAAACGAAACUUAUGAUGGAAUCGCAGCAGGAGGUGAAGACCAGUGCUCGAAAAUCUCUUCUAUCCCUGUUAUUCUCGUGAUGCCUUGAAGAAAGCAGCUCAACCCAAGUGAUACGAUACAGUCUUAAAAUUAUCUGCAUGAGCCCGGCGUGGCUUGGAAGUUCUGGUUGGAAUGAUCAUACCCUCUAGGUUCACUGGUCUGUUAAGUGCGGGCUCCCCUUUCUAUCUAGACACAAACGAAACCUGAAGAGCUGAGUGAGAGCUGUUGAAAA